GGAUGCUCGGACACUGCACUGUUGUCGCGGGAAAAAUGGCGGAAAUGUGAGUGGUCGCUUCACCACAAAUAACGAGUAAAAACAUUACGUUAUAACCUCAUUUGGACGGUUUCCAUAAUGUGUGUAUCUACUCCAGCCUGCUUUUGAGGUGAUAACAGACAAUGCAAGAUGCCAAACGAUUCUGCGCACCAUGCUUUUAGCAACAUGACUCCAAGCAAAGCCUCUCCUCAAGACACUGCUACAUCUUACAACUGCAGUCACUGUGUUCUUAUCUUCAAAACCAGGAUCUAUCUGUAUGAACAUCUCCACCAGGUGCAUGGCCUUUCUGUUGAUUCAGCACUCAGAGACUCUGGCCUCAAAUCUGUGCCACAAAGCAAAUCCAAGCCUGAUACUGGCCUUAAACUAGGUAAAAACAAGUUGGACCAUAGUCUUAAACUAGGUAAAUCCAAGCUUAACAAAAGUCAUAAACGAAAAAAGACUGAUUUUGCUUUCAAUUGCAAGAACUGUAAUUUUAAAAGUGGUAACUGGGUCGUUUAUCGUGACCAUAAACAACAAUGCAAAGGAUUUCGUAAUUAUGAAAAUCAAACUGCAAAAACAAGCAUGAUGAUUCAUAAACACAAGGCUUCUACAAGUACAUCAACCACACUGAAGUCAGACAGUGAACCUAAUAAAAGGGACGAAAAAACUUUGCGUCUAGAAGAAUCUUCUUUGAACUCAUCGGGGGUGUUCCAGGUGAUGGCAAAAUCAAUAGAUUUGGCUAAGGGUUCUUCGGGCAGUGCUAAAUCACUCAUCAGUGAUUUGGAUAUGAUAUCAGACCCAACUUCAGCAAUUCCUGUGGAUCCUUUCAAAGAAGUGCCACCAAAGAACAAUAGUAAGAGAAUGGCUGACGAAGUUGCUGAAUCUAAUUGUCCAAAAAAGUCUAAAUUAGAAACUGAAACCCCAAUUGCAAAACUGAAACCAUCAACUAGUGAACUUUCUUUAGAGUUCAGUGAUGAUGAAGAGAAACCAGAUCAUGACAAGAAAGGGCUCAUAAAAAAAUAUUCAUGUAAGCACUGUGUAUAUAACACCACAGACCUGAUGCAUCUCGUCAGCCAUUAUGAAGACAACCAUCCGUACAUAAAAUGCAACUCUGCUUACAUUGAGGAGGAGGGUGACCAGACUGCCAUCUUUCGGUGUUUAGAGUGUCCAGUUGAAUUCUCAAUUGAAGCUCAUCUACAUGAUCACUACAGCAAGGAUCAUCCAGAUGCCCCUGGAAUCCUCAGUCUUAAAUUGGCUGAUUUGGUUCAUAAGUGUUUUGUGUGCCCAUUUACAUCAAAAAUAUUGCAAAGUUUAAAAGAACACUACAAGAAGCAUCAUCCAUCUGAAAAAAUCGAAAAUCCAUUAUGGUACAGAAAAUAUUCCUCUGCGCAACAAGAUGGUUAUUCAAACUGUAGGCGAAAUUCAGAAGAGAAUAACAGCCCUGAAAAGCAUGAAACUGAGAUGACCACCACAGCCAGCACGGACGAGAGAAUGACAUCUACCCCCAAAUCACAUGAUGGGGCGUUGUAUUACUGUGGAGUGUGUCCCUUCAGUCACAAAUCUGUUGUUGUCCUGCAUGUCCACUACAAAAAAUGCCACCCAGAAGAACCUGUCACAUUAGAUAAAAUUAAGCAGCUAGUUAUUGCUCCAGUCGAUGGAGCAUCAGAGCAGAAGCUUGGCACAGAGCAGAAUAUCCCCCGCUCCUUUGAAGUGGAAGAAAGUUGGGCAUCCCCAGUCUCUGAUCUGGAAGAUGAGAACAUUUCAGAUGAUUGUAAUUCGCAAGCAGCACCACAGACAGCUGUGUUGGACAAUGCCUCAUCAUCUUCACCAAUUGAGAAGAUGUUCUUCUGCAAUUGUUGCAACUUUUCCAAAUCGAAUAUAAAAAGUGUACUUUCUCACCAUAAUGCAAAACAUGGAACAACUACAACAAUUGAGGAAAUCCUGCGCUACACUGCAGAGAUGGAGCAAAAAUAUCCGACACCUGUGCCUAAUAUAGAGGCAAAUACAUACAUACAUCCGCAAGAUUUGUAUUAUUGCCAAGAGUGCAACUAUGGGAAUCCUGCUUUAAUCGGUAUAUUGAACCACCAGAAUAAGCUUCACACCAUCAGUAAAGGAAAAUCGGGUAUUCUUGAGUACACAGCCAUGGUUCAUGAUCAAAUUGAAAAAUCCAAAACUCAUCCAAAUGACUCAAUUCUUCCUUCAGGUCUGCCUCUUCCUCUGAUUAAUGGCGACACUACGUUGGUUUUUUGCCAUUUGUGCAAUUACAGGAAUAGGGACAUAAAUGUGGUUACUGGACACUACCUUAAGUCACAUAAAGACUUUCGGAGUACCCCACAGCAAAUUGCAGAGUAUACAUCCAUGAUUUAUGAACGGUUAAAUUUAAGACCUCAGAUUAAAUCCAUAGUACAAAAUCAGACAGUCACUCCUACAAAAAUAUCUGUUCUUGAGCCAGACAAAGAAAUAAAACUUAAAUGCAUAAAAUGUCCAUAUAGAACAAAUUAUUUAUAUCUUAUGAGAAAGCAUCUUCAAUCUGCACACAAAAAUAAUCUGCCUUAUUCAGACAUUGUAGGGCUUUGUGGCACAGAGGCCACAUUUCAGCCUGGAUACCACUGUGAUAUGUGUUCCUUCUGCCACGAGGAUCUGAAAACGGUCAGACACCAUGGCAUAGAGAAACAUGCACGACAUUUACGCGACCAGUUUAUGAAUACUUCCAUGUAUUUAAGCCCUGAUGUAUGUGAUCCCAAAAAGAGAAGCAAUGCUUUUAACAAUAACACCACAAAAGCAAAAAAAGAUUCUGACAUACAGCAAGACAGUGAUGAUGAGGAUGACGAUACUGGUGAUGAAGAGGUGGCCUUUGAUUCAUACCAAGUGCCUCUUGAUUUUGACAGUUUAAACGUUCCAACUGAACAACCUAAAGAUUAUAGUUGCUCUUAUUGUUCAGCAAAAUUCGAAGGACGUGGUGGUCUUCUAAUUCACAUGGGAAUGAAACACCGUAGUGAGAUUGAUGUGGAAAUCCCAAAGCUAGAAAUGGAAGAGCGCACCCAAGUUUUCAAAUGCCACAGCUGUAGCUAUGUGAAUAACAUUAGACAGGGUGUUGUUACACAUACUAUUAUGAAGCAUCCCAACAAAGCAAUGAAGAUUGACUCUAUCUACAUUGAGCGUGAACAUCUCAAAAAUGUGGAAAUGAAGGUUAAAAUGGGCACAUGGAAAUUUUGUGGCUACAUGUGCAAAGAUUGUUCUCAGAUUUGUCCAUCAAAGGAAAAGCUGAAGCUACACCGUGUGACUCACAAGAACCCACCUGUACAAAAUACAGAUGGUCAACUCAAACAAGAAGAAAUCUGGUGCCAGCAUUGUGGUUUGUACUGUGCCACAGAAAAGGAACACACUGACCAUGUGAGUGUUUGCCCAAAGAAUAUUAGUAUAUUCUCUUGUGUUCUUUGUCCAGAUGCUUUUGUUACAAGAGUCCGCCUUGGAAUUCAUUAUACAAAGAAACAUGGAAAAGAGGCUUCUUUGAAAUACUAUGCACCUCUAUGUAACGAACCAUCCGCGGAGGAGAAAGCAGCAAGUGCUGCAUCUAGAGAAAGUAAAAUGAUUCUGAUGUACAAGUGUCCAAGCUGCCGGUAUGUCAACUCUAGUUAUCAUGGAACUCUGACCCACUCCCAAAUGCUACACCCAAAGAUUGUAGUUAGGGCAGGCAAACUCAAAACUAUUGAAUUAGAUUUGGCAAAUAUGAUUGGAUGCCUAAGUGAAAAGCAAAAAAAUUUUGGGGGGUAUCGGUGCAGAAGAUGCCCCUUGAUUUAUGGUGGACACAAGAAACUUAAAAGACAUUGUGAAAUAGACCAUAAGUCAAGCGCACAAGUCACCUCACAGGAACCAGCUGUGCAUGACAGUGCACAGUCAUCAGUGUCUGAGUCUGGUACUUCGGAUCAGAAGAAACUGGUAAGCAAAUUUCGCCAUUUCUUCAAGUGCUCUAUGUGUUCUUAUUCAACCUCAAUCCUAAAGCAACUUGGAAACCAUUAUAUGCAAAGACAUGGGAAAUCCUCUUAUAUCAAAUAUUAUUCUCCACUUUUCCACCAAGCAAAUAAGCCAAAAAUGUUUUUCAAACAUGAAGAAAUGGGGCAAACAAAAAAUCCACUGGAACAACCAGCAAGCAACGUCAAGACCACAAUCCCACAACAAGUUUACAAGUGCAGUACCUGCUCUUAUGGCUCUCCCUAUCGGAGGUACUUGAUCGCUCACUUAAAGAACAGACACAAGUAUGAUUCACUUGCUGUGUACCAACAUAUGGAGAUGUACAAGAAUUAUAAGUCAACACUGCCCAGUGGUCAGUUUAGUUGCAAAAAGUGCCACAAUGUGUUAUUUGAAUCAAAAGGGAGACUUCUGGCCCACUACCGAGCAAUUCACAUUACUGAGAUGCAAAUUGACUUUAAAAUAUUGGCAAAAAGAACAGCUAGGACAACAGGUAUUUACAAGUGUAAUUACUGCGAAAAGAAACUGUUUGGGAUUAAAAACCUAUGCAAACACUUGGAUCGCCACAGGGCAAGGUGGCUGAAGAAGUAUAAAGUACUGGAAACCAAAGUUUCUGAGCAAGAGACGCCCCCUACUUUAAAUCCAGAUGAAGAGGAGACUGGGUUAAAUGUGAAAGAUGAAGAGACAGUUAUCAGUCAUUCAGCGUCAGCCUCUUCUCAUUUGGGCUUUGAAGUGCCAGAGUUUUCUGAGGAGCAACAUAGUGAUGGAAUCCACCACUGCCAACGCUGUAAGAGGUCGUUCAAGUCCCUCAAAGGACUGCGCUCACAUGAACGCAGCCACGCAGCUUUAGCAGCACUGGACAGCGCAACUACUGCGGACUCCCAGGAGCACAUUAAUCGGUGCAUAAUCUACAGAGCUGGGACUACACGACCCUUUAUGUGUGCGCUCUGUACAUAUCGAACUCCACUGUUGAGCCUGUCGAAAAACCAUAUAAUAAAAAAACAUCCACAUGUUUUGAAUUCUUUUGAAGUGAGUAAACACUUGGAUGAGGCUCAACAAAGAGAUAACGAGGCUCCACAAAAUGGCGUCGAUGACAUUAAUGCCGAUGAUGAUGAACCUGAAAACUCUUACCUUGAGCCCCCAGACGUGCAGCGCCAGUUAAAACACUACAAUGUUAUGGCUCAGGUAGAUCCUGCGUCAAAAACGCAAAAUAUCCAGUUGAGUGACCCGAGAAUGCUUCCAUGUGAAAUGUGCAAUUUUAACUCUCAACACUAUUCCAAUAUGAGACGCCACUACCUGCGGCGUCAUGGUAAAAAGCUGAUCCGGUGCAAGGACUGCAACUUUUUCAGCUGUUUUAAACAAAACCUGGAUCUCCAUGAGCAAAUGGGUCAUUCUGCCGUCCAGUCUGAGCCCACACACCAUAAGAACCUCUGCUGCCCUUUUUGUCUUUAUCAAUCAAAAAACAAAAACAACAUGAUCGACCACAUUGUCCUGCAUCGCGAGGAUCGAGUUAUGCCUAUUGAAGUGCGCAGACCAAAACUGUCACGUUAUCUUCAAGGGAUUGUCUUCCGAUGUUACAAGUGCACAUUUACAAGUGGAAGUGCAGACAGUCUGCGUUCACACAUGGCCAAACACAACGACCUCAAACCAUUCAAGUGUCGACUGUGCUACUUUGAAUGUGCACAGCUGAGGGAACUGGAGGAGCACCUGUGUGAUAAACAUCAGGUUGUACGAAACCAUCAGCUUGUGGGCCAAGUUAGUCUGGAUCAGUUAGAAGCCUUAGAAGACAGGAUUUCUCAAGAUGAUUAUGACGACGACGAAGUGUUAUACCAGCCUGAAAAUAAUGAGCAAAUGAUGAGCAAGAACCACCCACCAAAUAAGAAUCAAGAUGAAGAUGCUGAAGAAAAUCUCAGUAAUCCAGAUAGCCCCAAAACGCAGAGCGUAUCUGGACAAAGUUUGGAUCAUGCACAUAGCAUAAAUGAUGAACAGAAUGACGACCAAGUCCAAUUAAAAGCUGCUGAAAAUAUAUCAGAGAGCUCGCCUAUGUGUGUGGAGGAAGAUCAGUCUCAAAACAACCCUCAAAUCAUGGAGGGAAACACGGAGAGUGAACCUCAAAACGGUACAACGGAUAACGAUUCAAACAAUGUGGCUGCUCUCGAUUCAAAACAGGACCCUAAAACAAACACAGACAUGCAGAAUACUCUACCUCCCAGCUCUGUACCUUGUACUGAGAGUACUGAGAGUCCUUAUGCAGAAAUGCCAAUCCUGGAAAAAUAUUUCAAGGAACAACAACUUGUUUUUGCACAAUCUGGUGUAAACUCUGAGUCUCCAUGUUCAUUGAUAAGGGAAGAAGGUGACAACGAAAGCUCUGAUGUGUGUAACGUGGAGAAUGGAUUACAAGUCCACAACUCUCCUCCUGUGUUGCAGGCCACUGAGAGAGUUGCAGUAAACCUGUUUCCUUGUGACUAUUGUGGAAGAAGUUUCGCAAAUACUUCAGAACUUGAACGUCACAUGAUGAGACACGGAAUGUAACAGUAUUUUGAAGCAAUAGAGUCAGAAUUUGUAAAUAUAUGUUGUCAUCGUUGCAGGCCUGAUGUAUGGGUAUUUUUCUUUCUCGUAUUUUAUCAUGCAUUUUAUAGAUCUAUCGAAGUUUUAAAUCUUUUUUCUGUAUAGACCUUAUGUUUUUUAAAAUAAAACUAAUAUUGCAAAUACAGAACACGAUUUGAGUUCACCUUUUAUAACCAAGCCAACCUCAAA